AGAAGAAUACUGUAUUUGUGUUUGCUUUCUUCUGAUAAGAAUAAAUAAACCAAAUUCGUCGGACCGGCGAAUCGUUUAGUCAUGUCAAUGGAGACGAUGCCGGAGAGAGAUCCACAGCAAGAGAUUGAAGAGACUACUCCGUUGCUCGACGAUUCUCAACCCGAUGGUGAAUCGAGGUCGAGGACCGCGACUACGAAGGUGCCGGAGGUGGAGAUCCAUUUGUAUCGGUGUGGAAAAGGUCCGAUCGAUGUGUUCAAGUCGAAUCUCGGAGGUUGGGAGCAGGAUCAGCUCGAGGUUCGACCUAUUCUUGAGAAAUAUGGAUUAAAAUCCAUCUUCGCUUUCAACGUCGAGAAAGGUCGCGCCGUACCGAUCCGAUUUCACCCUAGGAAUGGCCGCUCUGUGCUACCUUACAGGGAUGGCGCCGUCAUUUACAUCGACGGUGAACCUCAGGAUUCCCUGAUUAAACCCAUCACAAGAAUCGUGCUUGGAGUCGUGAUCAUUACGCUGUUAAUAACGUUUCUAUUGAAAGACCCUCCAGCGUGGAUCAAGAACAACAUCACCAUGGGGAACUUUCCUCCGUGGGUGCUUGCGUGCAUAGUAAUAGUAUUCACCCGAGCGAGGAAGAGAACCAGAGACUUCUUUAGGAAGUAUGGCUGGUGAUAUCGCAGACCCUAACACUCGUCUCGCUUGAAAUGUGGUCGAAAAUUGUAGUCUUUUCAUCGACCAUAUAUAUAGAGGUUCUAAACCAAGGGGUUUUCUUCCUUGGUAACACUCUUUGUCUUUGAUAAGCCUUGAUGCGCCAAAUUACUUGCUUUCAGAACCAAGAGAUAGCAAGCGUUUUCUCCAUUUGCAUCUUGUUGAAAUUUAUUGUUUUGUGCAUUUUCAUGUGUAUGAGAUGUGGUUAUGCCAUUUUGGUGGAAACUGAUACUUAUCUUCGA